UUCACAGCUUGGUAUCAUAUGUUGAUCCAUCCUGCACAAGGUGAAUAUGCAUUGUGUCUUGGAUUGUUUGACGUAUUUCAAGAUGAUGCCAUAUUAAUGAAAAUCUUUAUCGUUGUAAUGUACUUGUCUUAUUCGAUCAGUUUGACCUUUAUCAGCCACAACAAGAUCGAUCUGAUUACGAAAUUACGAAACGAAAGGUUGUAUGAAACAAUGGUUGUCCAGAAUAAUACUCUAGUAAGAAAAAUUUCUCUGUAUGUUUCAUUCAUCGCCAUAUUAUUAACCAUCGUUUUUCAAAUUGUCAACCUGAAUGUUUAUUAUCCGGCUUUUGAAAAAAAGCAACACUUUCAAUUUGAAGCUCUAAUAUGCACUGUUAAAUGUGGAUUUGUAUCGACUUUAACUAUAGGAGGCAUGACACAUGGUAUACUGUUGGUUGCUUUAGUCAUACGUGUUUCUUACAGAGAGUUUGAAGAACUUUGUUCGGAGUUCUGCAUAAUAAGGAGACGUGACAGAAAUCUAAGAAAAAAAUUACAAGAUUUGAUGAUCCGUCACCAAGAAUUGUGGAAUUUUAUAAAUCAGUUAAACACAAAAUUCGGUAUGAUUUUGGAAGUUAUUUAUUUCGGAACGAUUUGGGGAACGAGCUUUUUGUAUUACGCUUAUUUGUAUAUUCAUAUGCAUGGGAUUUUAAGAAUUUGGAUAUUCAUGCUGAUGAUUGGUCUUUCGUUUGUCUGCAUUAUAUGUGGCUGUUUUCUAUGCUGCAUUGCUUUCACGAUGCAAAACGGAUUUCAAGACAUUCGGCAAUUUUCAACUUGUGAUUUGGAUUUGCGACAAAAACUAAAAGUUAUUUUGGAUUUUUUUUUUUUUUAA